AAUUAUGUACCCCGACAAAAAUUUUCUAUUUUGGUUUUAGUGUAUUCUUUUAAAAAUAUGCCAAAAAUUGAAAUGAGAAAUAGCAGUAUCCCAUGUUCUGAAGCUUAAUUUCAGGUAGUUCAAAGUAGAGUGGAGUUCAGUGCUGAUUUAAAAAUCAAAAAUGGAAUCUUUGCUUAUUGGGUCCUUUCAUAGACCAUCAAUUCCAGUUCCUGCUGAGUUUUCUCCACUCAAAACCAGUUCACAUGCAAUAGUACGGGUUUUGAAAUGUAAAGCAUGGAAGAGACCAAAAAAGCACUAUUCCUCUUCAAUGAAGUUGCAGCGGCAGUAUAUCACGCAAGAGCAUGUUGGAGGAAGUGAUCUAAGCACUAUUGCUGCUGAUAAAAAACUUAAAGGGAGAUUUUUGGUGCACGCAUCAUCUGAACACCCUCUUGAAUCUCAACCUUCUAAAAGUCCUUGGGACUCAGUUAAUGAUGCCGUAGAUGCUUUCUACAGGUUCUCGCGGCCCCAUACCAUAAUAGGAACAGCAUUGAGCAUAAUUUCAGUUUCUCUCCUUGCAGUUGAGAAGUUCUCUGAUUUUUCUCCAUUAUUUUUCACUGGGGUGUUAGAGGCCAUUGUUGCUGCCCUAUUCAUGAACAUUUACAUAGUUGGUUUAAACCAGUUGUCUGACAUCGAAAUAGACAAGGUAAACAAGCCAUAUCUUCCAUUGGCAUCAGGGGAAUACUCUGUACAAACUGGAGUGAUUGUUGUGUCGUCUUUUGCCAUUUUGAGUUUUUGGCUUGGAUGGAUCGUUGGUUCCUGGCCUUUAUUUUGGGCGCUUUUCAUCAGUUUUGUACUGGGAACUGCCUAUUCAAUAAAUGAAAGGUUUCUAAUUGGUGUUCGCAAAAUGCUUCUACAUUUUCAGCUACCACUUUUGAGAUGGAAGAGAUUUGCUGUGGUUGCUGCAAUGUGCAUCUUUGCUGUACGAGCGGUGAUAGUUCAGAUAGCUUUUUAUUUGCAUAUUCAGACUUAUGUAUAUAAAAGAGCAGCUGUCCUUUCAAGACCUUUAAUAUUUGCAACAGCAUUUAUGAGUUUUUUCUCAGUUGUUAUAGCAUUAUUCAAGGACAUACCUGAUAUUGUUGGUGACAAGAUCUUUGGAAUUCAAUCUUUUACUGUCCGCUUGGGUCAAGAGAGGGUCUUUUGGAUUUGUAUUGGUCUACUUGAAAUGGCUUAUCUUGUUGCCAUCGUAGUGGGUGCAGCAUCUUCCAACACCUGGAGCAAAUAUUUUACUAUUCUGGGUCAUUCUGCUUUGGCUCUUUUACUUUGGACUCGUGCCAAAUCAGUCGACUUCAGUAGUAAAGCAGCAAUAACAUCCUUUUACAUGUUCAUAUGGAAGCUUUUUUAUGCAGAGUAUCUGCUCAUACCGCUCGUGAGGUGAAUGAAUGUACAAGCCUCUCAACUUUCACUGGAAGUGGUAAAGUUCUCCUAGACUUUGAAAAUUAUUCUAAUUCUGGUAAAUGUAAUUUUGGGUAAAAGAAAUUGCACCUAAUUGUGUUGCAUUUUCAUAAUCAGAUUAACUGUUUCUGAUUAUUCAGAUUCUGUUUGAUUAUUCCCUUAAAAUAAAGGGAGAAGGAUAAAAAAAUACUCCCAACUUUCGUCUAAUAGUUAGCUUUACCUUUCGUUA